AUGUCGACGGGCAUGGCUCUCAUGAACCUCGCCCCCCCGGAGCUGAGGCGCUGGAGCGGAGACUGCCCCUGCUCGCUGGCCACCUCGGCCCUCGCGCCGCUCUGCGCCAGCAGCCGGACGAUGUCCUCGCUGCAGCCCAGGCGGACCGCGGCGCAGAGCGGCCACUCGACGCGCGGCUCCAUGAGCGGGCGCCUGGCCGCGUCCGGAUCCGCCCCGAGGGCCGAGCGCACCUGCGCCAGGCAGUUUCGCUCCAGGCCCGAGAGCAGCGGCUCCGAGUGCGCGCGUCUCACGGGCGGCGGCACGGAGGGCACCCUGCGGCAAGCACGCGGUGUACUGGGUGGCGUCUCCCAGGCCGUCUGCCAAGCACUGGGGGGAGUCAUCGCUCCACGGCUUGAGAAGCGCACGUAUGCCGUGGAGGCAAGCUGA